AUGUUGCGCUCACGACGCCGGAUCACAUUGAUUUUAUGCGGCGUUUGUUUAGGCCUAUUGAUAGUGGUUUAUAUAUUAUUAAACUUCGUGGCAUUUUCAGAAGAUAAUGUGGCUGAUUUUGGGGCCAUAGUGUCUAAACUACAAUCCUUAGAGGAUGGGCUCCAUCGCCAUGGACAGGAAAUGAAACAUCUGAAAAAUCGAUUAGAUCACCAGUGGCAGCAAAAAGGGGAAGUACAGCGAGAACAAAGCCAACAGCAACGGCAACCGGAGCGUGACUUUUUGGAAAAGCCUGCGUUGGCAGAAUUUGAGCAAUGUAGUUUUGACUUCCAGCAGGUUCCCCAACCUGAUGUACAGAUGCUGGAUAUGUACAAUGAGUGGUCGUUUGCGGACGUAGAUGGUGGAGUUUGGAAACAAGGUUGGAACAUCAAGUAUGAUCCAAAGCGCUUCAAUGAACACAACAAAUUGAAAGUAUUUGUUGUGCCCCACUCUCACAACGAUCCUGGCUGGGUUAAAACCUUUGAGGACUACUAUGAACAUGACACCAAACAUAUUUUGUCGAAUGCGUUGCGGCACUUACGAGAAAACCCUGAUAUGACAUUUAUCUGGGCGGAGAUAUCAUAUUUUUCGCGUUUCUAUGAAGAUCUUGGGCAGCACAACAAACUUGAAAUGAAAAAACUUGUGCAAAGUCGACAACUGGAAUUUGUUUCGGGCGGUUGGGUCAUGCCAGAUGAAGCGAAUUCUCAUUGGUUAAGCAUUUUAUUGCAACUUACGGAAGGGCAAACAUGGUUGAAGCAACAUUUGAAUGUUACACCAACAUCUUCAUGGUCGAUAGAUCCGUUCGGUCACAGCCCCACUCUACCUUAUAUAUUAAAAAAGUCCGGUUUUCAGAACCAUCUUAUUCAACGCACGCAUUACUCGGUUAAAAAAGAAUUGGCUCUCAAAAAACAGUUGGAAUUUCAUUGGCGACAAAUUUGGGAUACCACUGGCAGCACCAGUCUCUUUACACACAUGAUGCCAUUUUAUUCCUAUGAUAUUCCCCAUACUUGUGGUCCGGAUCCAAAGAUUUGUUGUCAAUUCGAUUUCAAGCGAAUGCAUGAAUUUGGGCUCUCCUGCCCUUGGCAUGUGCCACCACAAUCCAUCACGGAACAAAAUGUUGCGCAACGCGCGGAGAUGAUUGUUGACCAAUGGAAAAAGAAAGCCGAAUUGUAUCGCACGAAUGCGCUUCUGAUACCUUUAGGUGACGAUUUCCGUUUUAGCCAAAGUACCGAAUGGGAUGUGCAGCGUGUCAAUUACGAAGCGUUAUUCGACCACAUCAACUCGGAGCAUCGACAUUUCGUGGAGGCCAAGUUUGGCACCUUACAACAAUACUUCGAUGCAGUCCACCAAGAACAGCGGGAGCUUAACCGUGAAAUUCCCACAUUAAGUGGAGACUUUUUCACCUACGCAGAUCGUUCCGACAACUACUGGUCGGGUUACUACACUUCACGUCCGUACUACAAGCGUUUGGAUCGUGUACUUUUGCACUAUGUGCGCGCUGCGGAAAUGUUGCACGCUUGGCACACGUGGGACCCUGCUGCGAAGUUCGAUGAAAUGCUUCAGAAUGCACGUCGGGAACUUUCGCUGUUUCAACACCACGACGGUAUAACCGGUACAGCUAAGACACAUGUGGUGAACGACUAUGCUCGUCGCAUGCUAAGCGCUGUAACGACAUGCCAAUUCGUAAUGCAGCAGUCGGUCUAUAGACUGCUUACCAAGCCGUCGAUUUACAUACCAGACUACAAAUUCCAUUAUUUCUAUUUGGACGACUCCCGUUGGCCCGGCCCUAGUGACAGUCGCAGUACCAUUAUCCUGGGCGAUGAAUUGCCGAUCAAACACAUUGUUUUACACAAUUCAUUGGCGCGCUGGCGCGAAGAACUAGUCGAUUUUUACGUUUCAAGUCCAUACAUGGGUGUGAAAGACUCGGACGAUAGUCCAGUGGAGGCACAAAUUACGCCUGUGUGGACAUGGCAUCGGCACACACCCUCCAAUAGCAUCACACCGCAAGCGUCCACCACCAAGUAUCGUUUGCUCUUCAAAGCGAAGGUGCCGCCCUUAGGCCUGGCCACUUACAUAAUACAAGCGCAAACCAGCGCACAGAAACAUACCUCAUAUGCGACGAAUCUUAUCUUAACUACAAAUCCAACCUCGAUAAGUAUAGGAAAUUAUCCGCACGAGGUGAAGUUUGGUGAGCAUCGGCCGAUUUCGCUGCACGUGGCUGGCGGACCAACUGUAGCUUUUAGCGGCGACGGCCUGCUAAAGUCCAUACAAAUCGAUUCCCAUGCACCACAUACACCCAUAAAGCUGAAGUUCUACAAAUAUAGCGGCGACCGGUCUGGUGCCUAUUUAUUCAUGCCAUAUGGACCGGCUACGCCGUUGGUCGACAUGGGACCACCCACCGUGCUGGUGAGUGAAGGACCAUUAGAAGCUAGUGUGACCGUUGGUUUGCCAUUCGUGGUGCAUCAGACCGUGCUGCGCGGCGGUGCGCCGGAAAUACAAAACCUCGUAGAUAUCGGACACAUGGACAACACUGAGAUCGCCAUGCGUCUUUCGACACGCAUCGAGAAUGGCGAUGUCUUCUACACGGAUCUCAAUGGACUGCAGUUGAUUAAGCGUAGACGAUUAUCGAAAUUGCCGCUACAAGCAAAUUAUUACCCCAUACCCUCAACAGCGUACAUUGAAGAUAGCACACAGCGCUUGACCUUGCUCACCGGCCAGCCUUUGGGCGGUUCAUCCUUGAGCUCUGGCGAAUUGGAAAUUAUGCAAGAUCGCCGUUUGACGCACGACGACGAACGUGGCCUUGGACAAGGCGUGCUGGACAACCAGCCGGUGCUGCAUUUAUUCCGCGUUGUAUUGGAACGCAUCGACACCUGCCUAAAGCUCUCGGAAACCCAUCCGUCUGGCGCCCUAACACCAAACGCAUACUUGGCUUCGCAAACGUUGCUGCAUCCGUUGGAUAAGUUUAUUUUCAUAGAAAAUAAUUGGUUGGGCGUGCUGCCGGCCUUUGGUAAUCAGCGCAGUGGCGUCAGUGAAGACACUAGCCUUGCGGUUAUGAGAAACCUGCCACCAACUAUAACCAAAAUACCCGUAGCACGUGAUCGUACAACCAAGGAGCCAUUGAUGAACACAGGCAUCGUCGUGCAUCGCACUUUACUUCUGCAGUGUCAUGCCGCCGACCAGCAGAUAGGCAUUGUUAACUUGAGUAAACUCCUAAUGCUAGACACAAUCACCGGUGUCUACAACACAAGUCUCACAUUCCUACAGACGUCGCAAAAGUUAGAUAGCGUGGAGUCAAUCAACCUCUGUCCGCUGGAUACACAGGCCUACAUUUUGCAACAUCGCGGUUAAUUUAUUUUAAUUAAUGGGAAACAUCCAUGGCACCACCUUAAUAUUGUUUAGUUUUAGUUCUAGUUAUAUGAUGAAACAUUGAAUCUCGAAUCAAAGCAACAGUUGCCCGUCGGAAUGUAUUGUUUGUGACCGUUUAUUGACUACAAACGCUAGUUUAUUGUAUUGUUUUGAUCUAGGUUACAUUUUCUUUUAUCAUAUUAUGAUAGCGCUUUAAUUUUAUUCACGUUUUUGUGUUUACUUGUGAUAACGGUAACAUUUAGUUCUCCUAACAAUUUAUGGCGUUCACAACAAAAUCGAAGCAUGUUAUUACACCGUCUCAUUGUGAUUAACUUUGACGAGUUCUUACAAAUCUAAAAAUGUAAUAACGAAUUUUGAAUAAAUGGCGAAUGACGAAUGACUAAAUCUACAACAA